UGUCAUUGACUAAUAUUUCCAUUUGUUUGAUGAUCUGAAACAGGAAAGCAUGACAAACAUGCGUCACGGUUGCUGUUUUCAAAGUAAGGACGCAAGGAGGAGAAAAAAAGGAAGGAGGUGGACUGGUCGAGUGAGUGAGAGAGAGAGAGAGAGAGAGAAACGGAACCCUUCCCACUUUUCCACAAACGGCGGGGAGAGAGAGAGAGAGAAGGGGAGAGAGAGAGAGAGAGAGCAGUGACAGGAGGACACCCAAAGUUGGACUCCAUUGAUUAGUUCGGGAUCAGGGAUCGAUCAAAGUGGACCGAUCGCCCAGUCGGAGCAUGCUUGGCGCGUCUAUCUUCAGGCUCUAUGUGCUGUGGGCCUCUGUGGGGGUCGCGACCUCUGUGACCAAGCCCGCCAAGAGGAAGGUGGCGGCUCGGAGGGCAAGACAGGCGUUUGAGGCAGAUCCUGUGGAGGGGGUGUGGUCAGUCUGGGGGGAGUGGUCAGCGUGCACCCAGACAUGCGGCGUGGGCGUCUCACAAAGAACCAGGAAGUGUCUUCCGCCUCCACAAACCUUCCCGCAGCCCAGCUGGGCCGGGUAUGUACCCGGUGGCGCGGGGGGGUCCUCCUUGCACAGCUACCAGCCUGCCCACCACCAACACAUGCCUCACCCCCCCUCGCCUAGUCAUCACAACCAGGGGGUGUCGCUGUAUCGGAACACCCCGACAACCGGAGACGCUGCGGGACAGAGCAAUCCGCCCUCGCCUUUCCACCCGGCGUCCAAUCAGAACCGCGUGUCCGUGUACAGAGCCCCCUACCGCGCCCCCUCACGUGGCUACAACCCCCAGACGCGCACCGUCAGGAGGCCCGGCAAUGCAGCGCCCGUGAGGGGAGGGGGCGGAGGCGGCAGAAGGUCCGCCAGCCGGGAGGGCCUGCCUGUGAGGAGGUCGUCUUCCAUCCACCCAGGCCAGUUUGGCUACGGCAAGGUGCCCUUCUCUCUGCCGCUGCACCGGCCCAGUCGACAGGCUCGCCACACUGCCAACGCCACCGACGCCAUUUUGGCUUCGGCCGCGCCUGAAAUAGAAGACGACGACGACGAUGACGACAGGAGCUUAAAGGCGGAGGAGGAUGAAAACGGGCCUGCAACCCCGACCACCCCAGCCGCCGCCACGGCAACGCCACACUCGCACAGGAGGCCCAGAUUCCCGCUUUCGCCGCACUCGCCGCCUCUCUCCUCCUCAACCAGUGUUCGCCGCCCGUUUGAUUGGCGCUCCGCUGCAGCCGCCGCCGCCGCUUUGCCCUACUCCUCCUCCUCUCGCUACCAGCUCUCACAGCCGGGCUUUGGUCCCCAGCCCCUGCAACCCGCUAGUGUGUACCCACUGCAGAACCCCCACGGAGGACAUCAUGGGGGGGGCACGGGAGGAGGAGCGAGGACGCCACCAACCGUCUUCAGAUGCGGAGGGCCAGACAAGGAACAUCGCAGGUGCUUCUCACAGGUGUGUCCCGGAGCUACCACGGACUCCAGAGCGGAGCAGUGCGCCGCCUUCAACACCAAGGAGUUCAUGGAUCGCCUCUACGACUGGGAACCUUUCACCGAGGUGGGUCCAGACAAGCAGUGCGAGCUGACCUGCAGACCAGCAGGCUAUCGCUUCUACGUACGCCAGGCCGAGCGGGUGCGAGACGGGACGCCUUGCUUCAACGUCACCUCCAACGACGUCUGCGUGGAAGGCCAAUGCCUGACGGAGGGCUGCGACGGCAUUCUGGGCUCCGGCUCGGUGAUUGACAAAUGCGGAGUCUGCGGUGGGCGGGACUCCUCCUGUCAAAAGGUGACGGGCAGCUUCCAAAAUGUCACGGUUCCCCUCGGUUACCACAAGAUCCUGGACAUCCCGGCCGGGGCCACCUUCAUUAACAUCACAGAGAGACGAGCCAGCCCCAACUACCUGGCCAUGAGGAGCGGGACCGGGGCUUCCGUGGUGAACGGGCGUUGGGCUGUGGACCCUCCGGGGGAAUACCAAGCCGGGGGGACUACCUUCACAUACGCCCGGCCCAGAGCGCAGGCGGAGGGGGAGGAAGAGAAAGGAGAGUCCCUGAGGGCCCCCGGCCCCACCAGCACUCAGCUCCAGCUCUACAUCAUUUUCCACCAGCAGAACCCCGGCAUCGACUAUGAGUUCUACAUCCCUGUGGAGAGGAAGGAGCCAGAGAGGCCGCCGGACCGGGAGACACCCAGGGAGGCUCCCAGGGAGACGCAGUGGGAGAGGGCGCCGGCGAGGGCACCCCUUCGCAGUCCCCUCACCGUGUCAAUAGAAGACCCUCCUCCUGCUCCUCCUCCGGUUUCCAGCCCUUCGUUCCCCUCCUCCUCCGUAUUUUCACCCCCCUUGGCUGAACAAUGGACCCCUGAGAGGUCGCGACCCCGGGCCUCUGCACCCAACAGGAACGCUCGGAUCCCGCCUCGCACGGACCUGCCGCUGGACACUCAGCCGCCGUUCGUGUGGAGGAGAGGCGCUCUCUCCGAGUGUUCGGUUUCCUGCGGCAAAGGUUAUCAAUAUCGGGACAUUUUAUGCAUCAACCGCCACACGGACGAGGAAGUCCCAGACAGGAAGUGCGACUCCGCCGCCAAGCCCCUCCCAGAGGAGGAGCCUUGCAACACGCACGCCUGUCCGCCAUUCUGGGAGGCCAGCGCUUGGUCAGAGUGCAGCGUCUCCUGCGGGCCCGGCAUGCAGCAGCGUCAGCUCCAAUGCAGGCAGAGUUUCGGGAACCGCUCCACCAUGGUUCACCCCCAGCGGUGCGCCGACCUCACCCCGCCCGAGUCCACGCAAGCCUGCCAGCUCCAGCUGUGCUCCCACUGGGAGGUCGGCUCCGACUGGAGCACGUGCUCAGUGGACUGCGGGGUGGGCAGGAGAACGAGGAGCGUGCGUUGCGUCAGCGAUCAAGGCAACGUGGUGAACGAUAAAGAAUGCAACACCAGGAUUCGUCCGACGGGGAGCGAGGAGUGCAACAUGGGUCCCUGCGUGACCAACUGGUACUCGUCUGCCUGGUCCGGCGCGUGCUCGGCGCAAUGCGGGCCAGGCGUGCAGAAGCGGGAGGUGGUGUGUCUGACGCGGGGGGGCCUCCGAGAGGGGGAGGGCGGCGGGGACUGUAUCGGCGACAAACCGGCUGAGAUGAAAGCUUGCAACGGGGGUCCCUGCGUGUCCGUCAUCAUGUGGUACAGCAGCCCGUGGACACAGUGCAACGUUGCCUGCGGGAACGGAACCCAGCGACGAGACGUCAUUUGCGUCCAAAAGAACGGUAACGACUUUACGGUGGUGCCAUCAGCUGAAUGUGUGCAAAUGGACAAACCCGCCGCCGUGCAGGAGUGCGAGAUGGGGGAGUGCCAGGCCCAGUGGUUCACUACGGAGUGGAGCGCGUGCUCACGCUCGUGUGGAAAGGGUCUACAGAUGAGGGAGGUCCGCUGUCUGAACCCAGACAGGAAGCACAGCCAGAAGUGCGAUGCCGGCAUCAAACCUGAACAAGAACAAAUGUGUAACACCAUACCCUGCAGUCCACAGGUUACAGAUGAGAACUGCAAGGACCGCCGACACAACUGCGUGAUGGUGGUCCAGGCCCGACUAUGCGUCUACUCCUACUAUAAGACGGCGUGCUGCGCCUCCUGCACGCACAGCGCCCAGCGUGCCAAGAGACACUGACGGGCCGGUGGCGGGCAGCCCCUGGCGCUUUGCCGUGAAGAACGUAGCCUGGAGUCACCGCCCCCCUAGACGUGGGCGGAGUAGAGCACCUAUCUAGCAUUUAGUCCUUCUCCUUCAGGUAACAACACUGUGGAAGCAGUCCCGUUUAGAGCCACUUUAGCGUGUCAGGCAGGACCCUUUUUAAGGAUGGUGCUCGUCGCUUGCGAAAGAUUCCCCCUUAACUUCCAGGAUCUGCCACAGCGAGCCGUGCCACUCGCUGUGGGACAGGACCUCCAGCAGCGUAUGUAUUUCUAUACCUCCCUUUCAGCCAUAUUGGCUCCAGUAUGGCCGCUAUACGCUCCAUUACACUCGAAGGAUUCAAUGUUCAUGUCUUGUUUGCUCGCCAAAAAUACUCCCUUGAAGUGCCACUGUAGUUUAAACAACAAAAACCAUAAACCAAAGGAAUGGGCUGACCAAAUAUGGGCAUAAGGAAGCUGCUUGCUAAACACAGCUGAAGGCGUGAGGGGCUUUCAUUUUAAGGCCGAUCAAUCGUAUGAAUAUUCCAAAAUUAUUCCCGCUUCAAAUCCUGACAUGAUUCACCGUUUUGAUUGUAUUCUUUGGAAUUCUACUCUACAUUGUUACGCUUUUGAAAGCCAAUGGUACGUUCCCAAAAUGGCAGACCAGCUCGCCGCUCAGCAUCAUUUCCUAGUGACGUCAUCGGCAUCACACACCGCUUACUAAAACAAAGUCAACAAACGCAUCGUCGACUCGAUUCAGUAUAUUUUUCAUCAAAAUAGUAGCCGUGCCAAAAUGAUGCGUUGCUGCUGGAUGUUCACAGUAUCCCAGCGAUAAUGAAAGUUUGUUUUCUUGUAUGAAUGGACGAAGCAAAUGUAGAGAAUGAUGAUGACUGCUUUGAAGGAACAAGAAGCAUUUGACUCAUUUUCAUAAAUUCACCAUUUGCUUUCAAAAAUGAAACCAUAUAAAACAUUAUAAAGUAACAUUAAGAAAUCAUGUCAGGGAGCCUUUAAAUCGCUUCUGGAAACGUACAUUACUAACUACUGUCCUAAAACAACAAUGGUCUACAAACACUCGGUAGCAUGCUAGCAAUUUGUGCUAGCAUGCUAAAGCGCUGAUCCCCCCCCGGCCUGAGAGGAGACGAUGAAUGUGUACUUUGGAUGAAAUACUCAGCAUGACAAAACCUGUGUGUAUAUAUAUAUACUGUAUACUGUACGCGUGUGUGAGUAUGCGCAUCUUUGUCUUUUUGUACUUUUCACACAAAAUCAGCACACACUCCCGCCCCCCCCCCCCCCCACACACACACACACACUGUGAGGGAUCUGUAUAUUUGUCAAAUAUUAUCCGAAUGUGUAUAAUAAGAUGUGAACGUAGCAGGCGCUUAUAUUUUUGAAAGACUGAAUUUGUUCCCGCCUAUAUGACUUUAAGAAGAGAAUCCUCUAUUGACUUUUAUAUCUGUGACUCAGUCGCUCUUUGUCUCUAACCCCUCAUGGUGACUUUAUAUUUGAAAAAAAAAAAUAGUAAUUUAUCAGUAUCAAAAUAAGCUGUAAUUUAUUUUUGUCCUCCUCACCACCGGAGUUUAUUACUCUUAGAAAUUCAUUCAUUUUUUUCCACAUCUUAGUAGCAGCAGAAAUACAAAAGUAACUCAAUAAAAGUCAAACAACACAUGAAUGAGUUGAUUGUGUCCGAUGCAAGAGGGUGUUAUUACCAUUGGGUCCACGGGGCGGCGCCAUGGAGUCAUAAUGUGCUUGGACACGUGACGAGCAUGUUCUGGGAGUUAAUGACUGCCUAAGAUGGUCUUGGUGACAUGUUUUGACUGUUUUAUUGGACUUGGGUAGUCGUCUCAAAAGCACUGCAGGCUAAUACUGGAUUCAGGAAAUUUACUUCA